AAAAGUCAAAUUAUUAUUUUUACAUGAUAUUUUAAUAAUGAAACUUUUAUCUCGCAUCUUCAAGACGUCGGAGCAAGAUGUGACGAAACCCUUGGUGAACUUUGAAGAAUGGGUGAAUAUUUACAAAAAAAUAUCGAAGCUAUUCUUAAGGAUAUUUCACUUUUCAAAAAAGCAAAUAAAGCAGAUUCUACAAGUCAAACUCAAUGAUCUGAGGACUCGGACUUUGUUUAAAGUUAAUAAUAUUCUCAAUUCAACAUUCGAGAAUAUCAAGUUAUCUAUCGAGAAGGCGAAAAAAGAAGGUAAAAAAAUUAAUGAAUGUUAUAAUUAUGCAAAACAUAAUUUGGAAACGAGGAAAGACAAUACAAUUGCUGAAUUGGAGACGUACAUCCAAUAUGGAAAUAAGACUAUGGAAGCCCCAUUAAAGAACGUGGCAAACAAUAUUAAGGUAAUAAAGACGUUGCUGACCAAGUUAAACGCUAUCAUUCCGAAAUGUUACUCUUCGAACUAUAUCAAGAUGCAGAGCUGCAUCGCGAUGAAUCUUGCUCGAACUAAAUUGUCGUUAAAAGAUAUUGAUAGUUUAUCUUUGUGUCUUUGUGUGGUCCUGAAAAGGGCCGAUGACAACAAUUGGUUGGCCCUAAAAAGGGCCGUAGAUUGCCGGCUGCUAAAGUUGAAGUCGCUCUCUCCACUCGAUGACAGGCUCUGUCGUGGUGUGACGUGGAGUCCAGGCGGAGUGUAUUCGGAAGUCUCUCCGUCGGAUGGCGAUGUGUGA